ACCGAGGGGAGGCGGGCUGAGGGCGACGGAGCGGAGGCUCGCGGCGGUCUUGGGCUGUGAAGGUGACGGUCGCUGCUGCUGCUGCGGCGGCGGCGGCGGCGGCGUGAAGACGGCGGGCAUGGUGGGGCGGGAGAACGAGCUCUCCAUCCACUUUGUUCCAGGGAACUGCCGGCUGGUUGAGGAGGAAGUUAACAUCCCCAGUAGGCGGGUUCUGAUUACUGGUGCCACUGGGCUUCUUGGCAGAGCUGUAUACAAAGAAUUUCGUCAGAAUAAUUGGCAUGCCUUUGGCUGUGGUUUUAGAAGAGCAAGACCAAAAUUUGAACAGGUUAAUCUGUUGGAUUCCGAUGCAGUUCAUAACGUCAUAUAUGAUUUUCAGCCCCAUGUCAUAGUACAUUGUGCAGCAGAGAGAAGGCCAGAUGUUGUAGAAAAUCAGCCAGAUGCUGCAGCUCAACUUAACGUGGAUGCUUCUGGGAAUUUAGCAAAGGAAGCAGCUGCAAUUGGAGCAUUUCUAAUCUAUAUUAGCUCAGAUUAUGUAUUUGAUGGAACCGAUCCUCCUUAUGGAGAGGAAGACAUACCAAAUCCCCUAAAUCUGUAUGGCAAAACAAAAUUAGAAGGAGAAAAGGCUGUCCUGGAGAACAAUUUAGGAGCUGCUGUUUUGAGAAUUCCUGUUCUGUAUGGAGAAGUUGAAAAGCUUGAAGAAAGUGCUGUGACUGUUAUGUUUGAUAAAGUACAGUUCAGCAACAAGUCGGCAAACAUGGACCACUGGCAGCAGAGAUUCCCCACACAUGUCAAAGACGUAGCCACUGUGUGUCGUCAGUUAGCAGAGAAGAGAAUGCUGGAUCCAUCAAUUAAAGGAACUUUUCAUUGGUCUGGCAACGAACAGAUGACAAAGUAUGAAAUGGCAUGUGCAAUUGCAGAUGCCUUCAAUCUCCCCAGCAGUCACUUAAGACCUAUAACUGACAGUCCUGUCUUAGGAGCACAACGUCCAAGAAAUUCUCAGCUUGACUGCUCCAAAUUAGAGACCUUAGGCAUUGGUCAGCGAACACCAUUUCGAAUUGGAAUCAAAGAAUCACUCUGGCCUUUCCUCAUUGAUAAGAGAUGGAGACAAACAGUCUUUCAUUAGUGUAUGUGUCACCUUUUUGUUUUUUUGUUAUGAUUUUUUUUAAUGAUAAGUACAGUACGUGGCACUUUUUAACGAAAAAAAGGAAAUAGUUUUGUAUGAGUGCUCUUUAAUUGUGACUCAUGAUCUUUCAGGUAAAUGAUGCUCUUGCACUAGUGAAAUUGUGUAAAGAAACUAAGGUCAGUUUGAAGUAAUGCCUUUUUUUUAUCAUUUUGUUUGUUCUGGCUCUGUUUCAGUAUAGUAGAUCAUUCUUAAAUAUUUGAGAGCCAGGAUGAAAUGUGCUCUAGACUUUUGGGUGGGUGGGGGCUUGGGAAUGAAAUGCAUUAUUCAUUCCUAUAACCUCUGCAUUUUCAGGACUUCUGCAAUUGUUGAUCAUUUUAUGUUUUAAAGUGUGUUAAAUAGUACGAAAAUCAUCGAUGUUCCUUACUUGCUUUGCUUGAGCUGAGAUCAAAAUGUUUGAAGAAAGAAACUUUAUUUUUGCAACUUAAGUACAAUUUUUAUGCUUGAGAUAUAUCAACAUGUUAUGUAUAUGGGAACUCUUGCCGCUUGUUGUAGCAGUAUAUGGUGGACACUUGAGAGAAAGGGAGAAUGUGUGUAUGUAUGUGCAUUUUUUAAAAUAUGAAACUGUCCUUUUCACUUACGGUCACAAAUGAUGUUUCAUAUGUGUGUUAUACUACUAGUAAUGGGCCUUGUAAGUCUUUUGACCAUUUAUGAAUAAUAAAUAUGUACUGCUGGCAUGAUAAUGCUAAGUUUUCUUGUAUUCUCUUUUUAAAUGUAACGAAUGACCAUCUAAACUAAUUGUUAUUCUGUUAAUUUUUUUUUAAUUAAGUUCUUAUGUACCAUCUGAUGCAUACAAGAAAAUAUAGUUAAUGUGUAUUGAGAUAUAAAACAAUAAUAAAAUGAACACCGGUGACCCCAUGGCUUGA